UGGUUCUAUUUAAGAAAUAUAGCAUUUCGAACCACUUUUAUGCUGAUGACACUCAGAUGUAUCUGCCUAAAGUCUGGAGAUGUUAAAUCACUCUUUGAGUGUCUAAAAGAUGUAAAAUGCUGGAUGAAUAAUAACUUUCUCCAGUUAAAUGAGAAAAAGACAGAAUUCAUUAUAUUUGGCUCUAGUAGCUGUGCAAAUAAUAUAGCAACAAAUCUAUGUCCUCUGUCAUCUAAUCUGAAUACAUAAGAAUCUGGGUUUUUAUCUUUGGCACAGAGUUAAAGUUUGACAAACAAAUCAAUUCAGUUGUGAAGAAUAGUUUAUUUUAAUUGCGAAAUAUCGCUAAAUUCAAAUCUGUCUUAUCUUUCACUAUCAUUAAUGCAAGGCUUUGUAUCUGGGUGUAAGUCAUCACUGUCACGUCUUCAGGGAGUUCAAAAUGCUGCAGCAAGGUGCUGACAAACACAGGAAGAUGGAUUUCAAAUAUUGAAGAUUCAUCAUAUAUAGAUGUCAUAGAGGUAAGGAAGACGGCUCAUUAACCACUAAAAACUGUCAAUCAAAUGCAGUGUUUACCAGAUGCUACGAUUUUUCACAUACAUCUCUGCGACGUACAUGUGCUAUCUGGGAAGAGGGAUCAUAUAUCCCCUAUUCUGGCCUCUUUACACCAGUUCAUUUUAGAAUAAAGUACAAGGUACUUUUGUAUAGGCCUACUUCUAAAGCUCUGACUGACACCAAAACAUAUUUCUGAGCUUAUAAAUUUUAGUUGCUCACAGAGAUCCCAAUAUCAGCUGCUCCUUAAAAAUGAUUGUGGUUCCUCAGUUGCUGCUUCUAAGUGCCGGGAGAGUUUACCAAUGUCUAUCAGAUCGUCUACCUCAGUAGACUUAUUUAAAACUUGUCUUAAGAUGUUGUUUGAUGAGGCCUUUGCUACUUUGUAAAAACCAUUAGGUUUGUAUUAAAAGUUUAUUAUUAUUAUAUUAUCUUUCUCUUGUUUAAAUGGUAUUAUCUCUUUCCCCCUAUCUUAUUGUGUUUAUUUUGUAUGAGUUCUAUCCUUGUAUUUUGUGUUUUAUCUACUCCCUUUGAAAUUGUACAGCACGUUUAAACAUCUUUGAGCCUACAUUCAGUACGAGUAAAAUACUUAAGCACUGUUAAAAUAAGAUACUUAAGACAUUUGCUGAAGUUGUAUUGGAAUUAGUGGCAUGUUAUAACAACUGAAACUCUUUACAAAAGGGUAGAAUCAUUAUUACAGGGAGAGUUUGGUUGUAUUGUUCCCUUUUACUCAUUUGCUAGAAAGUAAUACCUUCAAAACUUCACACUCCUGUCCAGUGGGUGGCGGUAAAACACGCUUGUUUGCCAACCACCAUUAAACCUCAGAGGAAGAAGAUUAGUUUUCAGCAUGUUUUCUGGUGUUGCGAUGUAUUGUGUUGUAUUGACUUAAUGUAAACUGUUAGAAAUAGUAGAAAAUACAUUUUGAAUUAGGUCAAUAAAUACUUAAUAUCCCAUCCUCAUAGACGGUAUAAGGUUAGAAGCGAGCAGGAAUAUCUGGAGGAGUAUCAACUGAACUGAGAUCUGCUGCUGUGAAGAUGGUGUUUGUUAAAGAGGAGAGUGAGGAGGACAUGAGUGAACCAGAACCCUGGAGAAUAAAACACGAGGAACAAGGAGGCCUGGUGAAAGUGAAAGAGGAAAGAGAAGAUCUGAAUGAAGUGGAGGAGAAAUAUCAGCUUCAGAAAGCUCAUGAUUUCACCGUUGGAGAAAAACCAUUAAGUUCUUCCAAAACUGAAAACAGUUGCUCACAAAGCAGCAUUCAAAUAACAGAAGUCAAAAAGCUAUUCACCUGUUCUCAGUGUGAAAAUACUUUCACACGUAAAGGAAGCCUUUUGAAUCACAUGUUAAUUCAUACUGGAAAAAGGCCUUUCACAUGCUCUCAGUGUGGAAACACUUUCACACGUAAGGACAGCCUUAAGAAUCACAUGUUAAUUCAUACUGGAAAAAAGCCUUUCACCUGUUCUCAGUGUGGAAAAACUUUUUCACGUAAAGGAGUCCUUAGGAAUCACAUGAGAAUGCACACUGGAAUAAAGCCUUUCACCUGCUCUCAGUGUGGAAACACUUUCAGACGUAAAGAAAACCUUAAGAAGCACAUGUUAAUUCAUACUGGAAAAAAGCCUUUCACCUGCUCUCAGUGUGGAAACACCUUCACACGUAAAGAAAGCCUUAUGAAUCACAUGUUAAUUCAUACUGGAAAAAAGCCUUUCGCCUGCUUUCAGUGUGGAAACUCUUUUGCACGUAAAGGAAUCCUAAAGAAUCACAUGAAAAUUCACACUGGAUUAAAGCCUUUUACCUGCUCUAAGUGUGGAAAGUGUUUUACACAGAAAAGACAACUUAAUGAGCAUGUGCUAAUUCACACUUCAGAAAAGCCUUUCAGCUGCCCUCAGUGUGAAAAGACUUUCACACGUAAAGGAUACCUUGAGAAUCACAUGUUAACUCAUGCUGGAAUAAAGCCUUUCAGCUGCUCUCAGUGUGGAAAGAGUUUUACACAGAAAAGACAACUUAAUGAUCAUUUGCUAAUUCACACUUCAGAAAAGUCUUUCACCUGCUCUCAGUGUGGAAACACUUUCACAUGUAAAGGAAGCCUUAAGAGUCACAUGUUAAUUCACACCGGAAUAAAACCCUUUGUCUGCUCCCAGUGUGGCAAGGGUUUUACACAGAAAGGACACCUUAAGGAUCAUUUGGUAAUUCACGCUUCAGAAAAGCCUUUUACCUGCCCUCAGUGUGGAAACUCUUUCACACGGAAAGGAAGCCUGAAGAAUCACAUGUUAAUUCAUGCUGGAGUAAAGCCUUAUUCCUGUUCUCACUGUGGAAAGAGUUUUAGAUGUAAAGGACACCUUAAGGAUCAUUUGGUAAAACACACUUCAGAAAAGCCUUUCACCUGCCCUCAGUGUGGAAACACUUUCACACGUAAAGAAAGCCUUGAGAAUCACAUGUUAAUUCAUGCUGGGAAAAAGCCUUUCAGCUGCUCUCAUUGUGGAAAGAGUUUCACCUGUAUACAAGGAUUUAAUAGUCACAUGAGAAUUCACACUGAACAAAUGCGUUACACAUGUCAUCUGUGUGAGAAGAGAUUUAAAUGGAACACGAGUCUCAGAGCUCAUCUUCGCCAUUCUCACCCUGCAGUAAUGCAGUUUAAAGGAGCAGUAAGCGAUUUCGGAGGAACACUGUUGAAAGUGGAUCAGACCGAGCAGCACAACACACUUGUAGCCAAUCAGCAGUAGAGGGCGUGUCCACUCAUGAUGGGGGAGGACAGAGAAGGUGUGAUCCAUUUGACCAUAAGUGGACUGCAAAGUGGACUUUGCAGGGUAUUUUGCCAUCUUAAGUGUGAUUCCAGUCGGUAGGGAGCGAACAUGUUCAGUUCGAAAGGCACUUACGAAUGCGUUUUAAGUAUUCAUAAAUUUUGUUAUUAUACAAACUAAAGUAUUUAUGAAUUGUUAUGCUGAAAAGUUACAUUUGCAUAUUCUCUUGUAUGAAUAGGCAUGAUUAAAUAAAAGUGUUGAGAAGCAGCUCUCAGUUUUUAUUUUACUUUACCUCAGGUUUGUUUACUAUGCAGCUGCUUGUGGAAAAGAAAGCACAUGAGAUGAGACCAUAGACUAAAAAAAAAAUGGGCAAUGCACCUUCACUCUCUUCCAUUGUAGUAAGUGAAGCCGCUAGUGUUCCAAUAUGGCGCUGACAUCUUGAGUCUUGAGUCUGCGCAGAAGUUAACUUGGAGCCAGAGUCUGCGCAAUAGUGAGCACGAAGUGGAGCCACAAAAUCACACUCCUGCAUAAUAUAUUUCACUGCAGAACAAAUCAUUGUGUCGGUGUGAAAUAAAGCGUUAUGGAAAUGUAGAAAUUAAAGUUAAAGCUCCAAUCUCCUCCCAAAGAUCCAGAAAAAAGUCUAUUGGUGCUUCGGUGACUAAAUUGCUCAGAGAAGCUGUCAAUCUCAGCUGUCAAUCAUGACGUCAAAACCCACGUUUUUAUAGCAUCAAAUAUCGAACUAAAACCAAAUUUAUUUAAAGAAUGAACACUUAGAUAACAUCAGCAUGAUAAAAAAACAGCUUAAAUUGACAGAAACCAUCUUUG